GUGUGAGAGACGUAUCGCAGGGCGUGUGCGUCGAACGUACGAGUAGCUGAUGUGACGACACUCUUCUGCCCUGAUAAUCGAAAGGGAACACUCGAGUGAGGAGACCAUGGCCACACUAUCACUGCGAAUCAGCAUUGUCGACAAAAAUGUUACGAAGACUAUGCAAUUUGACCCAACAACUACAGUUUAUGAUGCCUGCCGGAUAAUAAGGGAAAAAAUAUCUGAAGCCAACCAGGGGCAGCCAAAAGAUUAUGGUCUUUUCUUAGCAGAUGAAGAUGCUAAGAAAGGAGUGUGGUUGGAACCGGGAAGAAACUUGGAGUAUUAUAUUUUGAGGAAUGGUGAUCUGUUAGAAUAUCGAAAGAAGCUACGAACUCUCCGUGUCAGGAUGCUGGAUGGUACAGUGAAGACAUUACUGGUGGAUGACAGCCAACCAGUAGUGAAUUUAAUGGUUGUUAUUUGCACAAAGAUUGGAAUUACCAAUCAUGAUGAAUACAGUCUUGUUAGAGAGAACCAGGAGGAAGAGCUAGAAAAUAAACCAAAUUUUGGAACCCUUACUUUGAAACGAAAGAAAGAGGAAAAGGAACGCGAUGCCAAAAUGGACCAACUGAGGAAGAAGCUUAAAACAGAUGAUGAAGUGAACUGGAUUGAUCCUUCUAAAACACUUCGUGAACAAGGUAUUGACGAAGGUGAGACUGUCCUCCUGCGACGUAAGUUCUUUUUCUCAGAUCAAAAUAUUGAUUCGAGAGAUCCAGUACAAUUGAACCUUUUAUAUGUCCAAGCAAGAGAUGCAAUGUUGGACGGAACACACCCUGUGACUCAAGAUAAAGCAUGUGAGUUUGCUGGUAUUCAGUGUCAAAUACAGUUUGGUGAUCAUAAUGAGAAUAGGCAUCGUCCAGGAUUUCUUGAUUUGAAAGAAUUUUUACCACAGUCGUAUGUUAAAGUUAAAGGUAUUGAAAAGAAGGUUUUCUCUGAACACAAGAAACAUAUUGGAUUAUCUGAACUUGAUGCUAAAGUGCUAUACACUAAAACAGCUCGUUCUCUUCCCACUUACGGUGUAACAUUCUUCCUUGUAAAGGAGAAAAUGAAAGGCAAGAACAAAUUGGUGCCUCGACUUUUGGGUGUGACAAAAGAUUCUGUACUGCGCUUGGAUGAAAAAACUAAGGAGAUUCUGAAGACAUGGCCACUGACUACUGUCAGGCGCUGGGGUGCAUCUCCAAAUACUUUCACUCUUGAUUUUGGUGAUUACUCUGAUCAGUACUACUGUGUUCAAACCACUGAGGCUGAACAGAUUUUACAGCUCAUCUCAGGAUACAUUGAUAUAAUUCUCAAAAAGAAGCAGUCAAAAGACCAUUUUGGCAUUGAGGGUGAUGAAGGUUCAACCAUGGUUGAAGACAGUGUUUCUCCACUGAAGGCUACUAUCCUGCAGCAUGAGACAAACCGUGUUGUUAAAGUUAACACUGAAUCCUUGGCUAAACCUGCAGUCAUUCGACCAGGUGCAGAUGGUGCACGUCCUUAUGGCACGGGCCACAUUGCUGGUGCACAGCUGACGACAGUGAGCGGCCAGGUCAACCUGGCCCACGUGCCACCAAUGGUACAGACAACAAAAGUGACAAGUGUAUUGACAGAACCACAACGUGCCCUGCUGGGAACUAUUAGUGCUGGCCACGACAUCAUUGAUUCUGCAGGACGUGAUUUACAGACUAAAGCAGAGGUUCCACCCUUAGGAUCAGACCCUGCUUCGCUGAAAUGGAAGGAAUCUACACUGGAUACAAACAAGCAAAGUGUAAGCUCACAAAUUGCGGCCAUGAAUGCUGCUACAGCACAAGUUGUUACAUUAACUUCAGGACCUGCAGAAGAUGUGGAUCACACUGCUGUUGGUGCAGCCAUUACAACAAUUACAAGCAACCUGCCAGAGAUGACACGCGGUGUGCGAAUGAUAGCAGCACUGAUGGAGGAUGACACAUCUGGAGAAAAACUGUUGGAUGCAGCAAGGCGUUUGUGUUCAGCUUUUAGUGACUUGCUUAAAGCUGCUGAACCAGAAACUAAAGAGCCUCGUCAGAACUUGUUGAAUGCAGCAAGUAGAGUGGGCGAAGCUUCACACCAGGUCCUGACAACUAUGGGAGAUGGUGAUGAACAGAGUCGAGAGCUUCAAGAUCUACUCUUGAGCCUAGCCAAAGCUGUGGCUAAUACAACAGCUGCACUUGUUCUGAAAGCAAAGAAUAUUGCAGCCACGUGUGAUGAACAAGCAACACAGAAUCGUGUCAUAGGAGCUGCUACACAAUGUGCAUUAGCUACCUCCCAACUUGUUGCAUGUGCUAAGGUUGUGGCUCCAACAUUGCACAGUCCAGCGUGUCAGGAACAGCUGGUUGCUGCAGUGCGUGAGGUGGCACGUGCUGUAGAGGGUCUUGUUGCAGUAUGUAAUGACAGCUGCUCUGAUGAACACUUGUUACGAGAAUUGACUCAUGCUGCAUCAGAAGUUACUCGCACACUGAACGAUCUUCUGCAUCACAUCAAGCUUAGCAGCCGGGAGAAGGCCCAUGAAAGUGUACAGGAAGGAGCAGUUGAAACAAUCCUGGUGGCAACAGAUAAAUUAUUUGCAUCAUCUGGAGAUGCUGGAGAGAUGGUGAGACAGGCUAGAAUAUUGGGGCAAGCAACUGCUCACCUUAUACAAGCAAUAAAGGGAGAGGCGGAAAAGCAGCCAGAUUCAGAACUACAAAGACGAUUGUUGGCUGCAGCAAAAACAUUAGCUGAUGCAACUGCACGGAUGGUUGAAGCUGCCAGACUGUGUGCAUCCAGUCCCCAAGAUGCUGGUGCUCAGGAUGAAUUACGCAGAGCUGCAGAAGAAUUGCGUACUGCUACAGCGGCUGCUGCCACACCUGCAUUGCGUCGAAAAAUUGUAUCUCGCCUAGAGGCAGCAGCAAAGCAAGCAGCAAGUACUGCAACACAGUGUAUAGCUGCUGCUCAGGGAGCAUCCUACCACAACACUAGUAAGCCUGCUCAAGAGGAACUUAUGAUGGAUUGCAAGGCUAUGGCUGACCAUAUCCCAGCUCUUGUUGAGGGUGUCAAGGGAACCCUGUCAAAUCCUGAUAAUCCAACUGCUCAACUUAACCUCAUUGAUGCAUCAGAACAGUUUCUUCAACCAGGUGCACGUGCAGUGCAGAGUGCAAGAACAGUAUUACCAACAGUAACAGACCAAGCAAGUGCAAGGCAGUUAUCAACAGCAUCUAAUCAGCUUGGUGCAGCACUGGCUGAUCUCCGCUCUGCUGUAGGUCGUGCACGUGAAGCUUGUGGAGUUCUUGAACUGGAAUCAGCUGCAGAGGUCAUUCGUAACCUUAAAAUCGAACUUCAGGCUUUCCAGAGAGCAACUGAACUUCGCCCUUUACCAGGAGAAACGGCUGAAUCUGCGAGCCUUCAGCUGGGUGCAACAUCAAAAAGUGUUGCAGCAAAUAUGUCCCAGCUUGUCACUGCAGCCGUGCAAGGCAAUGAAAAUUAUACUGGUAUAGCAGCCCGAAACACAUCCAAUUCUCUGAGAGACCUUACUGUGGCUGUGCGAGGUGUUGCUGCAACUACCUCAAACAAAGAAACCAAAGCAAAGAUAAUUGAUAAUGCCGAGGAAGUAAUGGAUCACUCACUUGAACUAAUUGAACAGGCAAGAUAUGUGCUGAAGAAUUUAGAUCAACCGGAUAAUACACAGAAGCUCAGUAGAGUUGUCAAAGAAGUUUCUCAGUCGUUGAGUAAAUGUGUUGGAUGUCUUCCUGGGCAAAAGGAUGUUGACGAAGCCAUCCAUUCCAUAACAGAUGCAUCUAUGAUUCUGGAGAAAGGAGAGUUUCCUGUAACAAAUAAAUCUUAUGGGCAACUGCAACAAGAACUAAAUUCGGCAGCAGCAAAUCUGAAUGAUGCUUCAGCAGAGGUGGUUCAGUCAGUUCAUAGUCCAGCACAGCUUGCUGCUUCAUCUCGGCAAUUUGGGUCAGCGUUUGGUGACUUGAUUGGUGUGAGCAUGGAAAUGGCUGGUCAAACAAAGGAUAAGGAAGUACAAGGUCAGAUGGUGGUGUCGCUGAAAAAUGUGUCCAUGUCAUCUUCAAAACUCCUUGUCACAGCAAAAACAGUAGCAGCUGAUCCAACUGCACCCAAUGCUAAAAAUCAAUUGACUGCAGCUGCGAGAGGAGUGACUGACAGCAUUAAUUACCUAAUUGAUGUCUGUACAUCAGCUGCACCAGGGCAGAAGGAGUGUGAUAAUGCAAUUCGAAACAUACAGUCGAUGCGUCCUCUUUUGGAUAACCCAAGUGAACCAGUUAAUGAUUCUACUUACUUUGAGUGCUUGGAUACUGUGAUGGAGAAAUCAAAGAGUCUAGGGGAUGGAAUGACAGGAAUAGCAAAUCAUGCAAAGGAGUCUCAGCACGAGCAAUUUGGUGAGUCAGUAAAGAGUGUGUCAAGCUCGAUUUGUGGCCUGGUAGAAGCAGCAGCACAAGCAGCAUAUUUGGUAGGAGUCUCAGAUCCAUCAAGUGUGGCAGGGCGACCUGGUCUUGUGGAUCAGGCACAAUUUGCUCGAGCAGCACAAGCUAUACAGUCAGCAUGUGCUUCUCUCACCAACCCUGCUACCAACCAGCAGCAGGUUCUUUCUGCUGCAACUGUAAUAGCAAAGCAUACAAGUGCCUUGUGUAAUGCAUGUCGUUUGGCAUCAUCCAAAACAACAAAUCCUGUAGCCAAGCGUCACUUUGUGCAGUCUGCGAAGGAUGUAGCUAAUUCCACAGCAAAUUUGGUAAAAGAAAUCAAGGCCCUGGAUCAGGACUACAGUGAAAGUAACCGUGACUGCUGUGCAAGAGCUACACGUCCACUCCUUGAGGCUGUCGACAGUCUCUGCACCUUUGCUAGCUCACCAGAGUUUGCUUCUCAACCAGCCAAAAUUGGAGCAGUGGCACGUCGUGCACAGGAGCCAGUUACCUCUGCUGCCCGGUCGAUAAUUGAUGGAUCAUGUGCCAUGGUUCGUGCUGCAAAGUCACUGGCAGUCAGUCCUCGUGACCCGCCAACAUGGCAGUUGCUUGCCAACCACAGCAAAAGUGUGUCUGACUCAAUAAAGAAGCUUGUGUCUUCAAUAAGAGAUAAGGCUCCAGGACAAAAGGAAUGUGAUGAUGCCGUAGAGACACUGAGUGGUAAAAUACGUGAACUGGAUCAGGCUUCCUUGUCAGCUGUGUCACAGAGCUUAGCUCCACGUCGUGACAAUAGUUUGCAAGGCUUCACAGACCAGAUGUCCCGGUCAGCAUCUGAAAUCACAGAUAAGCUAGAACCUCUUCGAACAGCAGCCAAGUUUGGAGCAGAAAAUAUUGGUCAUGCGGUGAAUCAAAUGGUGCUCUAUUUUGAUCCCUUGGUAACUGGAGCAGUUGGAGCAGCAUCCAACAUGGUGCACUCAAAGCAGCAGAUGGUACUCCUGGAUCAGACAAAGACUGUAGCAGAGAGUGCUUUACAGUUAGUUUAUGCAACAAAGGAAGGUGGUGGUAAUCCAAAGGCAGUGAAUAUUCAUUCAGACAUUGAUGAGACCGCUGAUGCCUUGCGCGAUGCUCUUCAAGACCUAAGCCGUACAUUGGAGCAACUGUCGACUCAGGCAGGAGUUGUAACAGGCAUUGUUGACACGAUAACACGUGCCAUGUCACGCAUCUCGGAUACACGAGCUAGUGUCGGUGUUGAUGAGGAGCAUGGUUUUGUAGAGUACCAGACACGUAUGGUUCGUGCAGCCAAAGAAAUAGCACGUGUGUCACAAGACAUGGUGGCUAAGUCAGGCACUGAGCCAAGUCAUCUAGGAGCACUAGGUGCCGAGUUAGCACGUUGGUAUGCUCAGUUGGCACAGGAUUCUAUAGGUGCGGCUGCUGCUACGAGUAAUGCUGAAGUAUCUGCUCGUAUCAGAGGUGGCGUACAAGAGCUUGGCCGUGCAUGUCAGACCCUAGUACAGGCUGGUGGCAGUUGUCAGUUGGCUGGUCCCCAUGAUACGUAUGCACAGAGGGAUGUUGCAGAUGGAGCAAGGCUUGUUUCUGAAAAGGUUUCUGCCGUUCUGGCAGCACUUCAGGCUGGUUCUCGAGGCACCCAGGCUUGUAUCAAUGCUGCCAGCACAGUUUCUGGGAUCAUUGGUGAUCUUGAUACAACUAUUAUGUUUGCCACUGCUGGUACAUUGCAUGCUGACAAUGAAGAUGAAUCAUUCUCUGACCACCGUGAGAACAUACUCAAGACCGCAAAAGCUCUGGUUGAAGACACAAAAACACUUGUUGCAGGUGCAGCAUCCUCUCAAGAGCAGUUAGCUGUUGCUGCUCAGAAUGCUGUUGCAACAAUUGUACAGCUGUCAGAAGUUGUGAAACUUGGUGCAGCCUCUCUUGGAUCCAAUAACCCAGAAGCUCAGGUAAUGCUAAUUAAUGCUGUAAAAGAUGUUGCAUCAGCUCUUGGCGAUCUGAUACAGGCUACAAAGGCUGCAUCAGGGAAGAGCAUCAAUGAUCCAUCCAUGAAUCACCUGAAGGAAUCAGCCAAGGUGAUGGUGACAAAUGUGACAUCUUUACUGAAGACUGUUAAAGCAGUUGAAGAUGAACAUACACGGGGCACCCGAGCUUUGGAGUCGACUAUACAGGCCAUAGCGCAAGAGAUAAGAGCUCUUAAUUCUCCUGACCAGCCAAAGACUUCAGCAACUCCAGAGGAUUUAGUCCGUUGUACAAAAUCGAUUACAGUUGCCACAGCAAAAGCUGUAGCUGCUGGCAAUAGCUGCAAGCAGGAUGACAUCAUUGUAGCUGCUAAUGUUGGCCGUAAAGCCAUUUCAGAUAUGCUCACAAUCUGCAAGGCAACAGCAAAUGCAGCAGAAACAGCUGAACUCAGGUCGCGCACAAUACGUGCUGGACAUGAUGUGGCAGUCCAGUACCGUGAGUUGCUGCAGACUAUUCUACAUAUUGCCAGUCGACCAGGAGCUGGUGCACAAGAGGCAGCACGCACAGGUCUGCCGCCAAUUUCUCGGAGGAUAGCUCAGUGUGUGGCUGAAUUGGUUGCUGCAGCUGAGUUACUGAAAGGUACGGAGUGGGUGGAUCCAGAUGAUCCAACUGUGAUUGCUGAAAAUGAACUCCUAGGUGCUGCAGCUUCAAUUGAUGCUGCUGCCAAAAAACUGGCUAGCCUUAGACCCAGGAAAUCUGUUAAGGAAGCUGACGAGAACUUGAACUUUGAUGAGAUGAUACUGGAGGCAGCAAAGUCAAUUGCUGCUGCAAACUCUGCUCUAGUGAAAGCAGCUUCAGCUGCCCAGCGGGAACUAAUUGAAACAGGAAAAGUAAGUCGGCAACCUCUGACUAGCUCUGACGACGGUCAGUGGUCAGAAGGCCUUAUCUCAGCGGCUCGACUGGUUGCUGCAGCCACACACAGUCUAGUAGAAUCAGCCAACUCACUUGUUCAGGGUAUGUCAAGUGAGGAGAAGCUUAUAUCGAGUGCUAAACAGGUGGCAUCUUCAACAGCACAGCUACUUGUUGCAUGCAAAGUGAAGGCUGAUCCAGACAGUGAAAGCACAAAGCGACUGCAGGCUGCUGGCAAUGCAGUGAAACGAGCAACAGAUAACUUAGUACGUGCAGCCCAGCAGGCAACACAGCAGGAGAAGCAGCGCAGCCUUGUACUGAACCAGAGAAUGGUUGGUGGUAUAGCACAGGAAAUCAAUGCAAGAUCUGAAGUUCUGCGAAUUGAACGUCAACUGGAGGAAGCAUGGAGUCGGUUGACUGCUAUCCGCCAAGCAAAGUACAAAUUAAAAGGAGAAGCUCCAUCAGAUUCAGAACCUGAAACUUACGAAUCAUUCACAUCAAGGUAUGAGACACGGUCAUUUGACAAUACUUUGCGCCAGUCUCCAGUGGGCACUUUUACGACCACAUUUUCUACAACAGUCAAUAACAGUACACCGCAAAAUGGCAAUGUAUCAUCUCCAGAGAAGCUAUAUUCAAGUUUGAGCAAAGUGGAGAAAGCAUAUUCCAGCAUUCGUGGUAUGCUAGAUGAGGCAGACACAAAGGACAUGCAGUCUCCUAGUAAACUGUCAAGCUUUGAAACUGCCAGUUCAAAGGCAUUCAAUAGCCCUGCAAAAUUUAACAAAGAAGAACGAAGUAAAACAAGUGAUCAGAGUAAAACAAAUGGUGCACUGAGUAAUAAUGAAACAGAAACUAGAAUUUAUACAAGCACUCCAUCACGACAGGUGGCAGGCACUUUAGAUUUGUCAAAUGAUUCCAGUCAAGGUUAUUCUAGUAUGACUGCAGAAUCUAGUUUUAACAAUUAUUCCACUUUUCAGGGUGAUGAGAAUACAACUUUAGAGCAAAGAAUGCUAAAGCAGUCAGUUACUCAGCGUACUGAAAAGCGUACGAUCACAAUGACCACAUCAUCACUGAAAUCUUUUCAACUUGAUGAAACCCAGAAAUGAGAACUUAGUUUUGCAGAACACUUUCAAUAACUUUGCUGGGUUUGGAAUGUUCUGAUUACAGUAGAAUCAAAAACCUAUUUUUUGAUUUAAUAAAACUAAAUAUUUAGUUUUAAAUUUUUAAAGGCUGUAAAACUUUGAAACUGAUAUAUUUUGAGGGAAUAAUCCCACAAAUGGGAAAAUUGUUCCAUUUAAUAACAGAAUUUAUAUAAAUAGUGUCUUUUAAACAUUAUUUUGUACUAUUAUAAUUACUGACUCAGUUUUAAAGUUUUUAUUUAAAGUUAUAUCAUGGAUGUAGUUGCUACAUUAGAUCUAAACUCUCAUGUGUAUGAAAGUGUUAGUGAGUAUGACAUUUUUUUAUCUGUAUAAUGUAUGAAUGUUACAUAUAAUGUUGAUGAUUAAUGCUGUAAAACUUUAUUACAUAAAGUGAAUUAUGUUGACAUCAUUUUUUAAUCAAAGUUUUAUAGAAAUUGACAGAUAAUUCUAAAUUUAGUGUUGUUAAUCAGUAACUAAUCACACUGAUGUAAACAAAUGGUGAAGUAAGCAUUUUUUUUCAGUAAAAGACAUUCUAUUUGCAACUUUUGGAAUAAUUUUAAGAAAUGAUUGAUAGCACAUUAGUUGGAGCUGAAUAAAAUUUUAUAAUGUGCAUAAUUUAUUUCAUAUUAAAAUUGCCUUUCAAAAUGUUAAUGCUGUCCAUUUGUGAUUACAGACUGUACUAUUUUUUUGCUAUAAGUAUCGAAUGUGGUAAAUUUUGUUAUAGACUGCAUGUAAUUACAAGUCCAAGUAUGUUCUGCAACAUUACAGAGCAGUUAGAACAACCUCUGUCAUUCCUGUAUAUAUUUGGAUGUGAAUGUAUUCACGGGAUUGUGAUUCAGAUUUAAUACAUUCAUUGUUGUCUUUUGAAAUUGUGGUGCUAUGCUAUAAAACUAUUCUGCUUUAUUUUGUUAAAGAAUUAUUUAAAUCUUUGAAAUGCAAAGGAUGUGAUAAAUCAAUAUAAUUUUUAUUGGGAAUGCUGUGAAACCUGUGUUCAGCUCUUGUCUCACUUGCAGUGUAAUUUGUUGUGCUCUGUUUCUUUUUUGAUACUUUUUUUAUGUUUUGUCCAUACUAAGACUUGAAUGUUACAGUUACUGAAGUAGUAACAACACAAAUUAUCUUUGAUCUGCAUGCAGGAAAAAUUUCAAAAGUAAAAUUUUUACUUGUUAUAUAAUGCAUUAAUUUUGUAAAGGAAGAAAAAUUUUAGGGCUGUAAACCUGACAUCAGAUUUUAGAUGAAUCAUGAAAUGCCUUAUAUGCUGUUGUGGGGAAAAAAAUCUAGUCUGGUAUGAAUAAUGUAAAUAAAUUCUAGUCUGUUUAUAUGUGAAAGUUACGAUAGCACAUGAGAAGUAAGCUUUUAAAGCUAUUUUACACCCCUCAAAACAGUAGUUUUAUGGAGUUAAACAGCUGAAUAUGCAUUUUAUAUUUUUUAUUGCAAAUGGAAAGAGGAGGUGAGAGAGAAAUUGUAUCCACAUACUUGUGCCAUUUAUUUUUGUAAUGACUGAAAUGAGCAAUUUACUGGCAAAGGUAAUGUACUGAGCUUAUUGUCACUUAUGCUAGUGAAAAUUAAAGUCAUUGAUCUUCAGGAUAUCCUUAAUGGUAGCAUGCAUGCACAUUAUUAGUAAGCAUUUCCUUUUAAUAUACUUAGAGUAGUAUCGUGAAAACUUCCUACCAUGUCUUGAUGAGUUGUCUUUUGGCCUGUCAUUGUUACGCUGUAAUAUUCGGACUUUCACAAUAGUGCAUACAGCUGUUAAUGGUUAUUUGCUUUUGUAUAUACAUGAUACAGACUUUGAAUUUAAAGUUAGAGGCAAACGGCAAAACUGCAUCAAAUGCGGAUUGUAAGACCAUACCUAACAUGUGAAGGUAUAUAACAACUGGCUAGAUAGAAUAUGAGAAAUCAGAUGCAGACUUUGAUGUCAUUGAGGUCAGUUUUCCCUCCUUGUUAGCCAAAGAGAAAAAGGACCAAAAAGAUUCAUUAUUAAAAAAAAAAAAAAAACAACCGGAGAUGAAGAUAAAAACA